CAACACACAGCAGUCUGGCCAGCCGUGCACAGCAUUGUCAGUCAGUCAGUCAGUCAGCCGGUCUGUGUGUGCGCCCGAACGAGACAGGGCGAACGUGUGUAGUAUGAGGCUGCGCUACUCUGGGCACGCCAGGGUAUGAGUGAGAGUGGGGUAAACAGGUCGAGUCGAGUCGGGUCGGGUCGCGUACCUUUUGCACUGACUGUUCUAGGCAGUCAGGCACAAGAAGGCCUUUUGAAUAGUGGUAGCUGUACGCGGUGCUGUCUGUGUGCGCUUUUUUGUAGUCCGUGAUUUUUUGAGAUUCGUGCGACGGCAGGCAAGAGAGUGAAUGGUACUUUCUACUGUAUGACGCAUCUGCAAUCUUACACUGGCCUGCGGCGACGGCUUAUCAGCAACGACCUAUUGCGAAACGACUUUUUCGUGACUUUUCUGUGCUCUCCGGUGACUGCGGAUUAUAAUCACUCGUGAUACCAACCGUGACACUGCUUGAUCCGAACGCGUACGUGUGUGAAACCGCCGUGGCCUAUUACGAUCGCGGGUGAAUUGGAAAUAUUUCAAUAGGAAACAUUUCGUGAUUUCGGUGACUGACGGUGAUUCUCACGUGAUUCGGUAGUGAUCAAAUAGUGAUUUCGAAUAGAAGUAACUGAGUGGAAAAAAAAAACUUGGUCGACAAGAAGAAUCUGAUGUCUCUGUGUACGGGUUGAACAUCAAAAUUGCACUGUUGAAGGAAAAUAUGAUGUGCUUGUGAUAAGACGUGGCUCUGGUUUAGUUUGUGUUUUGAUUUGCUCAGCGUCGUUGUUUUAGUUUCGUGUAGAACGAGAGUAAAUCCCGGGACAGGCAAUCAAUACGCGGGCCGAUUUCAAGCGAAUUUUGCUGGUUUAAUCAGGAAAAAUUUUCCUCGAUAGCGUAGGCCCCGAUUGUGGGGCCAAAACCGGUAGCAAUAUUAUAACACACAACUCCCUCAGUAUGUACGGAGGCGGUGUCCUGUGCCCGUCGCCUUCGACGGCGACCGGGUUCUACAACCCGCGGGGUCAGGGCUCGGAAAUCGGUGCCCUAGAGUUGGGCUUCCCCCGGGGGAUGGCCCUGGUACCUCCACCGCCGCAUGGUGCCUGGCGAGAUCCUACCUCACUCGGAUCUCACCUUCCAGUGUCUAGCACCAGCGAGGACAUAACAACCCUCGGCGGUACCGCUCCGUCGAAUGUUUCAUCCAUGCAAUCGAACACGUCGGUGGACAAAAAAGAUUUCAUAUCGUCUUCGGUAUCCGGUAGCGGAUCGCAGCACAACGCUAGCAGUUUAGCGAUUUCCCAGCACUCUUCCGUCGAGAAAAAGGAGUUCUUGUCUCUACAGCAAAGCACCACUCCGGGAUCUCAGAGCAUGAACUCCCAAAACGGAAGCCAACAGGACAUCAAAAAUCAAAACAUCGAAUGUGUCGUCUGUGGCGACAAAAGCUCCGGCAAACACUACGGACAGUUUACAUGUGAAGGUUGCAAAUCGUUCUUCAAACGAUCGGUACGGCGAAAUCUGACCUACUCGUGUCGCGGAAACCGAAACUGUCCGAUUGACCAGCACCACCGGAAUCAGUGUCAAUUCUGUCGUCUACGAAAGUGCCUCAAAAUGGGAAUGCGACGCGAAGGAAAGGACCGCAUUCCAUACUCGAAUCACAACAUUAGGCAGAUAUCAGCUGUGCAACGAGGUCGCGUUCCGCCGUCGCAACCUCCAGGGCUCCCGUACGGUCAGUACUCGAUACCAAACGGUGAUGCCGUCGCCGGAUUCAAUGGGCACUCGUACCUUAGUUCCUACAUCUCGCUACUGCUCCGAGCGGAACCGUACCCAACUUCUCGGUACGGGCAGUGCAUGCAGACCAACAACAUUAUGGGCAUCGAUAAUAUCUGUGAGCUGGCAGCCCGGUUACUGUUCUCCGCCGUCGAAUGGGCCCGAAACAUACCCUUCUUUCCGGAUCUCCAAGUGACCGAUCAAGUGGCGUUGCUACGAUUAGUGUGGUCUGAACUGUUUGUACUGAACGCCUCCCAGUGUUCGAUGCCCCUGCAUGUGGCACCCCUGCUGGCAGCCGCCGGUCUACACGCAUCGCCUAUGGCCGCCGACCGUGUGGUCGCUUUCAUGGACCACAUUCGGAUAUUCCAGGAACAGGUGGAAAAGCUGAAGGCGCUGCACGUAGACUCGGCCGAGUACUCCUGUCUAAAAGCAAUAGUCCUAUUCACAACAGAUGCCUGCGGUCUGUCAGAUGUGGCCCACAUCGAAUCACUGCAGGAAAAGUCUCAGUGCGCCCUAGAGGAGUACUGUCGGUCCCAGUAUCCCAACCAACCGACCCGCUUUGGCAAACUCCUGCUAAGGUUACCCUCGCUGCGGACAGUUUCUUCGCAGGUGGGUUCAAAGGUGAUAGAGCAACUCUUCUUCGUCCGGUUAGUGGGUAAAACGCCCAUCGAAACGUUAAUCCGAGAUAUGCUGCUCUCUGGUAGUAGUUUUUCCUGGCCUUACCUACCUUCGAUGUGACACACGGCCGUGUG